GGGGCACGGGCCGGGCUUGCUCGCUGCAGCUGCUGUGCCCCCCCACAGCACGCGCUCGCGGACCCGGGCCCGCGGACCGGGACACCCAGGAGGACGCCCGCCGCGCCCGGCCCAAGCCUCGAGGAGCGGGGCGCAGCGCGCAGGGUCCGGGCGCGGGCGGCGGGCAGCCACCGAGGAUCCCAGCUUGGGGCCGGCCGAGGGUUUUCUCCUGCUCGAAGGCCACCUAGCUGCUCUUGGGACAAAGACCUCUGAACUGGGCUCCUGGGCUGUAGUCUCUGUUCUUACCAUCCGGUUUCCAUAGCAACAGGCAAGUGUGAAUUGCCAUGGGCUCCAUUGGAAGCCAGCGCCUCAAGGAGCCCUGCAUGGCAGCCACAUCUGGCCAGAGUGUGGUGACAAGUUUCAGCUUUGACAACUUCCAGCUGGAGACAACAGCAGAGGGUGCUCAGGAUCCAAGUGUCAGAGUCAGGGUUGUCCCUACCUUCACAGAUUCUGCGGUAGAGGAGCCUGUGCCAGAUGACCGCUACCAUGCCAUCUACUUUGCCAUGCUGCUGGCUGGUGUGGGCUUCCUACUACCAUACAACAGCUUCAUCACUGAUGUGGACUAUCUUCACCACAAGUACCCAGGGACCUCCAUUGUGUUCGACAUGAGCCUCACCUAUAUCUUGGUGGCGUUGGCGGCUGUGCUUCUAAACAACGUUGUGGUGGAGAGGCUGAACCUGCACACUAGGAUCACCACAGGCUACCUCCUCGCCUUGGGUCCCUUGCUCUUUAUCAGCAUAUGUGAUGUGUGGCUUCAACUCUUCUCUCACGACCAGGCUUACGCCAUCAACCUGGCCGCUGUGGGUACUGUGGCCUUUGGAUGCACAGUGCAGCAAUCUAGCUUCUAUGGCUACACAGGAUUACUGCCCAAGAGGUACACGCAGGGGGUGAUGACUGGAGAGAGCACCGCAGGGGUGAUGAUCUCUCUGAGCCGGAUCCUCACUAAACUGCUGCUCCCGGAUGAGCGGGCCAGCACCAUCAUCUUCUUCCUGGUCUCCGCGGGCCUGGAGCUGCUGUGCUUCCUGUUGCACCUGCUGGUGCGGCGCAGCCGAUUUGUGCUCUACUACACCACACGGCCCCGCGACAGCCGCCCCAUCCGGGCAGGUUACCGAGUGCACCACGAUGUCGCAUCAGGAGACAUCCACUUUGAGCACCAAACUCCAUCCCUGUCCAGCAGCAGGUCCCCGAAGGACAGCCCAGUCCAUGAGGUGGCCCACAGCAACAGUGGGGCCUACAUGCGUUUUGAUGUGCCUCAGCCACGAGUCAAACGAAACUGGCCCACCUUCAGAGCCCUGCUGUUGCACCGGUACGUCGUGGCACGGGUCAUCUGGGCCGACAUGCUGUCCAUUGCGGUAACCUACUUCAUUACACUGUGCCUGUUUCCUGGCCUGGAGUCCGAGAUCCGCCACUGCGUGCUGGGCGAGUGGUUGCCCAUCCUGGUCAUGGCUGUGUUCAACCUGUCAGACUUUGUGGGCAAGAUCCUGGCGGCCUUACCCGUGGACUGGCGGGGCACUCAUCUGCUGGCCUGUUCUUGCCUUCGCGUGGUCUUCAUCCCCCUCUUCAUCCUGUGUGUCUACCCCAGUGGCAUGCCUGCCCUCCGCCACCCUGCCUGGCCCUGUGUCUUCUCGCUGCUCAUGGGCAUCAGCAAUGGCUACUUUGGCAGUGUGCCCAUGAUCCUGGCAGCCGGUAAAGUGAGCCCCAAGCAGCGGGAACUGGCAGGAAACACCAUGACCGUGUCCUAUAUGUCGGGGCUGACCCUGGGCUCUGCUGUUGCCUACUGCACCUACAGCCUCACCCGUGACGCCCACAGCAGCUGCUUCCAAACAGCCACCGCCAAUGACUCCAUCCCCGUCGGCCCCUGAGCCAGGCCCACCUGACCCUGCCCACUGCCCAGGGAGGGCUGCUCAGGCCAGCCCCCCCAAGGCCUGAGGACUCUCCCCACCCUUGCCUCAGUGCCUGCGGGGUCCUGGCCGCCUCCUAAGCCACUAAAGCCACCUCGCCACUUCGUUCCAGCUGUCCGCUGCAGGUGGAACAUGUCUUCACCACCCUGGACACCGCCCACCCAUGUGUUCUGUGUUUGGUCAGACGCCUGCCCUUCAUCCCCUACGUCCAGAGGCCCAACAUUUGUCCUGUCAGCAUGAUGGGGUUAUUCAGACUUAAAGCCCUCCAGAAUGGCUGACCACAAGUCUGAGUGACUCCCUUCCCUAUGACCCCACUGUGGGGUCUGCCGCAAAGGUCCCAUGGUCUUCAAUGUGGUUUUCACUUAUUGGGUAGGUGGUACAUCCUCAUGAGUGUUAGAAAUCUUGAAGGAAAGGGACAGUCCCUGGUCCCAUUUUCUCCCCUUCUUAGACACUUAGACACUACACACACACACACACACACACACACACACACACACACACACACACAGCAUUAAGUGUGGAAAACUCACUCCUGGGUCUACACAGGCUUCCCGUAGUCAUAGCUGCAGAGCUGACCUGGGUGUACCCACCUGAGGUGGAGGAUUUCACCCACGCACGCCCCUAGAGCACAGGCUAAGGGUCAUGCUUAACAGGGAGGUCCUCCCAUUUCCUCCCCAACACCACUCAACCUAUCCAUAAUGCAGGGACAGCCGAGAUCCACUCUUGGCCUAGGCCACCCUGCCCCUGUCCAUUGAGAAUCAAUUAGUAACGUGACCCACUUGAAACCCUGGCAAAUGGCAGUGAGCUGGAGAGUGGGGUCACUGGGUGGUGGGGAUGGCUGUGGGGCCUCUGGCCAAAGAUGGCUUUUGCUGAACCAGGACACUUGCCUCUCUCCACACUCUGGCCCCAGCUGUGACCACCCUGUGCCAACCCUGCUGUGUCCCGUCUACCUGUGUGUCCUCUGACUACCGCACUGGCCAUUAAAGAUGGCAGAGACUGCC